GUUGUAAAAAGAAGGAAGAAAGAAAAUAGAGAAGCGAGAAAGAGAAACUUCAAGGAUAAAGGUCAGCUGAGAUCACGGUGGAGAGAGGAGUGGUGAAAGACCAGAGAAAAGAGUUUGUCUCUGGAGGGAGAAACUGAAUGUGCCGAGAAUCAAGUCAGGAUGUUUGUUCUGAUCUGGGCGACUUUCCUUUUGUGUGUGUGUGCUGAAACAGGCACAUCACAACAAUGCAUUGGACAAUACUGCAUCACACUUAGUGAGACACUAACAGCAGAGGCUGGACUCUGUGUUGUGAUCCCGUGUUCUUUCGCUACUGGUUUUGGAUUUACACCCAAACAUAUAGUUUGGUACAAAUGUGAAGCAUAUUCAAGAUGUGACUAUGAUCAUCAAAUAAUAUUUCACACCAAUAAAAACAUCCGCGUUCAGUAUGGCUUUGAAGGACGUGUGUCACUCUUAGAGCCUGAUAUAAGACAGAACAACUGCAGCAUCAUCAUUAAUGAUCUCAAAGAGUCGGAUUCUGGAUUGUAUCGGAUCAGAGUUAAUGGUGAACUGAAUCGGAGAGAAGAUGGAUUUGCAUCUAUUCAAACGACAACUGUCUCAGUUGAAGGUCUUAGCCAGAAACCCAGAGUUAAGAUUCCCACACUGACAGAGGGACAGCAGGCCACACUGACCUGUGUUGCUCCUGGUCUCUGCUCUGGAUCUGCUCCUGAAAUCACCUGGACAUGGAGAGGAGCAGGAGGGACUGAAUCUUACAUUACAGGAAGCAGCACUUCUUUCAGGACUAAAACUCUAACUGCUUUCACACAAAGACACAUUUCAACUCUGACUUUCAACUCCUCUGCUGAACACCACAACACCAAUGUCACCUGUAAAAUCUGCUUCGCUGGGGAAAAAACUACAGAGGAGGGGUUCAACUUUAAAAGUAAACUAUGUUAAGGAAGUUAACAUCACAGGGGGCACAAACGUGAAGGAGGGUGAAACUCUGAACCUGACCUGCAGUGUUGAAAGUUUUCCUCCAUCUCUGAUUAUGUGGUCUAAACUUGGUUCUGAUAUAAUCCUGCACAAUGACACUGGAUCAGCCACACUCUCCAUAAUUAAU